AUGUCUAAGAAGAAAUUGAAUGUGUUCGAAUUUCCAAAAAAAUUCAAAGAUCUACCGAAUUCACUCAAUUCCUACUACAUCCCCGAACCAGAAAUAAUCCUUCAAGGCCAAAUAAUCACCAUCAACAACUUUUUUAAACCAGAUUUAUGUCAGGACUUGAUCAAAUCCUUUGAGACCAAAUUAAAAUUAGAAACUACACCCCUUAUCAAAAGUAAAGACUAUGCAGCAAGGUACAAUGAUAGAGCACUAGUAAAUGACCUAAAAUCAGCAGAUACAUUAUGGCAAUAUAUGAAACAAAUUUUCAUUUCAAAUCCCUAUGAUGAUCCCCAACAACAUGAAGUUGUCGACAUUUUCAAAUCGGCAAAAGGACUAAACCCACAAUUGAGAAUAUAUCGAUACACUCAAGGACAUCAUUUCGGUGCUCAUUAUGAUGAUUCAGUGAUUUGUGAUGUUCCUCCAGAGGGGAAGUCCAGGGGCAAGACUCAUUGGACAUUACUUAUUUAUUUGACUGGAGAUGAUGAAUUUAAAGGCGGUGGAACUAUUUUUUAUCCCGAUGAUGGUGGUGAAACACUAAAUAUCCAUCCAUUUAAAGGAAUGGCUUUAUUACACAAGCAUGGGGAUGCAUGUUUGCGACAUGAAGCUGAAUUGGUAAAGAAGGGUGCAAAAUGGGUUUUGCGAAGUGACGUUGUAUUUCCAAUGUGA